ACGCCGACCACAGUACCAUUCUAAACGGAUUCCAUCUGCCUGAUAUCCUUCCAUGAAUAAAAAUAAACUAUAAAUGUCAAUUUUUUUUCUGUUUUAUAACAAUGAACUUAAAACGCGAAGUUUCCAAACGUAUCAAACAACUACAUAUUGUAUAAGACGACGCAUAUUUUGAUUCAAAUAGAAAGCCAAACACGACAUGUAACUGCGAAAGUUAGUUAUUAAAUAUGUGCAGCUGUAUCACUUUGUCUAGGGGGCUGGUGAUGGAGCUGUGUUGGGAGGACGCCUGCGCACUAGGCUGCUCCGGCAGGGUUCCAUUGCUCCAUCCGGGUCCUCUGCAUUAGCAUUGGCAGCCGAGGCACAACUUUUCCUCGAGGCAAAGUGAAAUCCCGGCGCGCUCGCACCCGCGGAAUAUAGUCCCUAGAUUCAGCCGCUCGAACCGUUAACGGAAAAGUAGCGGCCGGAGCCCGGCGGCCCCGCGGCUCGAAGGCGUCGGUGUGGCGGCAACGCUGAGGCCCCGAGCCGGCCGACCCCUUGCCCGACUUGUUUUCGGGAGAGUUUUGUGAAAAAUGGCGUAAACUGUUUAAGUUUCUUCGAUUCUCGCAGACGCGCUUGUAAAAAGCAUCCACGCCAGCAAUCGCACGCGCACAAACAACUAACUUCAAAUCGUUUGGAUUCAAAGUGUGUGAAAAAGUGCUUUUGAAGUCCAGCCAUGGAGAUGCAAAGCCUUCAAGAGGCGCUGAAAGUAGAAAUCCAGUGUCAUCAGAAACUAGUUGCACAGAUGAAGCAAGAUCCACAGAACGGAGAACUUAAGAAACAGCUCCACGAAAGACAAACCCGAAUAACAUCCCUUAGCGAGAAACAAAUUCUUCUAUCAAUGGCAAGAUGCAUCAUCACUGCCCCUGGGUUAGAUGUGGAGUCCUCGGUUGCUUUUCUGGAGAUGUCGAUCAGGAUUACCAUUUCAGUUCACUCAGGUAAAGGAAUUAAAUGAUGAGUACUAGUACUGCAAACUUUUUAUUAAUCGGCACCCAAGAGACCAGGAGUGUACAGGUCGAACAAAUAUUCCAAUUGAACAAGAGAUCUACGUAAUCAAUGUCAAAACACAUUGUAAGUAAUAGAAACAGAGGAGAUUGCGAUAACACAGUAAACUUCUGGUAUUUGAGGUACAUACUUUUUGCCAGUUUGUAGAGAGUACCAGUUCAUAUGGUGCCAGUGAAAACAUAGUUUGCUGUAAAAUAGCAAAGUGCAAGUGUGUUGAACGUUGGAAGGUCUUUAGCUGAAAUGUAUAAUGACUGGUGAGGGCAGAUGAGGACAUACCAUUUUAAGCACACUUCAAACAGU